UAAACGCCACAAGGAAAUGAAAGCUUCACUGCAAUCCGUUUCUGUAUCAACCAGUCACAAACGUUGACAUAGGCAACGCGUGUGUGUCGUAGUUGUAAACUAUAUACAUAAAGCCAUAUGAAGAUCUGGUGUUCGCUCCAUCAUGAAAUAUGACAUUGGUUAAAGAUACCUCAUUUCUUACAGGAACAGUUCCACUAACGGCCCAGUGUCUGUGAGAAUGUCCGAUGUGAUAGUGGAGUUACUCUGUAUGUAGAUACAGACAGCCGACCUUUCAAAGCAGAAACAUGAAGUAGGUCAUGCAGUCAGCUGGCAUUUACCCGUGAUAUGACGACACUCGCCGGCACGGUGUCAGGAGGACCACACGUCUCCGGAAGCGUCCAUGAUGGUUCGUGUUUGCGUCGUAGGGGCGGGAAUAGUUGGAUUGUCCACUGCCAUUAACAUACAGAGAUUGAUUCCGGCUGUUCAGAUCACUAUCAUAGCCAAUAAGUUUGGUAAUGAUACAACCAGCGCCGGAGCUGGUGGCCUCUUCAGGCCCAACCUUGGUCACAUCAAAGGCGUCCCUGUUGAUACGUUGAAACGAUGGUCAAAGAUCUCUUGGAAACACUUCUCUAGUCUGGCUUUGUCUUCGGAGGCAUCAUCGUCUGGAAACAACGUCACCAAUGGAUUCGUGCUGCAGGAUACGGAAGAGCCUCAGUUUUUGAACGAGGUGAUCUUCUCGUACCAUAAGCUGUCCCGAGAUGAACUUCAGCGUUUGAACUCGAAUCAGAAACACGGGUAUAACAUCACAACUGUCGUGACGGAGCCCAAGAAGUACCUACCAUGGCUUAUGAAGAAAUAUAAAGAAAACGGCGGGCAGGUGGUAUUUAGAACAUUGACGUCUUUGGAAGAGUUGUGUGGCCAGUACGAGGUAGUGGCCAACUGCUGCGGCCUGAACGCCAAGUACUUGAUAGGUGACGAGUCAAUUUAUCCCAUCAGAGGACAGCUUAUCCGUAUGCGAGCUCCCUGGAUACGUGGAUUCUAUUACAUAGAGCAUGAUGGCUACAGCACAUAUGCAGUACCACACACUGACUACAUGCUGCUUGGCGGGUGUCGACAGGAGGGGAAUUACAGCGAGGAAAUUGAUCCAGCCCUGACGGAGGACAUCCUUAGAAGGGGCAAGGCGAAGAUACCUGGCCUUGAGGGAGCCAAAGUAAUCGACGAGUGGGCCGGUCUUCGCCCCACAAGGAUUCCCAUCAGGGUUGAGAAGGAGAACAUGAUGCUUGGCGGGAGGACGCUGAAGGUGGUACACAACUACGGUCAUGGUGCCAAUGGCAUCAGCUUGAGCUGGGCAACUGGCGUCGACGCCGCACAGAUGGUGAAAGAGUUGGUCGACAGUUCAUCUCUCUCCAAACUUUAACCAGCGUUGUGAGACCCGAUCCACUUUCCGGACUAAUGAUAUGUUGGCAGAACAAACUCCCGACAUGCAAUGUAACGAUGCAUUGUCUGAUACAGCACGAUUGUUCAAUGUAACUAUAAAUCGUAAGAAACAACCCUCGACACGGAUCAUCAUUAUCAGUUUCACACCAAUACUCCGGCGCUGUGUAAUCGCGCGUAUGCCCGACAGUAUUGGUGAUAGUCGCUACAUGAAUUCCUUUGUAACUGUUGUGCACGCUUCAUUAAAGCUGGGGCAAGGAUAAUAUAAUUGGAUACAUAUUGACAUGAUAUUUGUAUACACUGUACCUAGAAAGUUUGUACAUUUUAUGGAUGACCCCAUGUCAUGAUGUAAUUAUUAUUUAUAAUGCGGGGUUUGGAUUUCGAACUUCAUAUUUCCCAAUUGUAAUAGUUUAAAAAACACAAACCACCUGUGUAUGUGUAUAUAUGUUUUACUGGCAGUUGUUGGUGCACAUUGAAACCAUUAUGCAUUGUUAACUCAUACCUUAUUAUCAUGCCAGAUAUUGUUCUCGUUGGAACUGUAAUAGUUUAACUCCCUACACACGAGGUGCAUACAGUCACCUUAUUCACAUCAGCCUUGACAGCUGUAUGGCGAAACUGUCUGGAAGGAAGCUUCUAUUACUCUGACCCUAUUGCAUAUAUAUUACGUAUAAUAUCUUUUUCACUUUGAUUAUCAUGAUAAGUACUGGCUGUUGUAGUUUGUCUGUGGGUGGUCUCCUGCGUGAUUUUGGUACCACCCUUCAUAUCUGGCCGAUGUAAUGGAAACAGUUGUAUUUUCAGAAGGAUAUUUUCACUGGUUAUUUUGAUUCACUAGUAAAAUGAGAAAAACUA